AUGUCUAGACAAAGUGAGCAGAUAGUGUACCGUCAUCCGUCGUCCAUCUUGACGGGAGUGACGGGUGUGGGUGACCAGGAUGGUGAGCUGACCCGCAUAUCACUGAAGUCGAUUAUCGCGACCAAAUACAUCGUCCAGAACGAGUUUCUUCUAGAGCUGAUCAAGGGAUCGGAUAAAGACUUUUCUGGAGCUGCAGAUGCUGCUAAGAAAGUGGCAGAGCUGAAAUCUAAUCUGGCUGCACUGCGGGCAUCUUAUGACUCUACACCUUUCAAUGUUGCAACAGACGAAUCGCUGCAGGAACUGGCUUUACUAGAUCGAUAUCUCUCCAGCUUAGAGAGAGAGUUCUCAAACCCUCAUGGCGAUGACGAGGAAAGUCAAAAACUUGUCAAAAAGAAUGAAAAACUACUUGAAAAGUUCCAGAAGAAACACAAUGUGCUGGUGUACGAAGUGUCAGGUAACCUGGCAGGGCCCGAGAAUUUAAAUGCUGGUCAAGAAUCCGAGGAUGAGGAGGUUCGGGGCUCUGCAAUGGAUGUGGACACCCCUGUGAGCGAGGAGGAUCCGGCUGGUGUUGCUGAGAUCUCGGGGUCAUAUUAUCGUGUGUCUGGACCGCUUAAAUUCAGUGGGGUGCAGUACCAAUCUGUUUCAGCUGCUGAGUUCCGUCGGCGUGCGGAGCAAAUGAAGGCAAACACUUCAGUUAUUUGCACGGAGCAGAAACAAGUGGGCCAAAUUGAGGUGGGGCAGUCACUACAGGAGGUGAUACCGGGUGACAGGUGA